AUUACUAUUCGUUCAAGAUGGCAGAACUUGUUCAACUUUAUGUCUAUGAUUUAUCUCAAGGACUUGCACGUACCAUGUCACUUCAACUGACUGGAAAGCAAAUUGAUGGUAUUUGGCAUACUUCUGUAGUAGUGUACGGUACCGAAUUUUAUUUUGGUCAGGGCAUUAUGACCUCUGUUCCUGGGGGUACACAUCAUGGACAACCCUUACAGAUCAUUGAUAUAGGCGAGACAUUUUUACCUAAAGAAGUUGUGUUGGAAUACAUUGAUAGUCUUCGAUCUGUCUAUACAGCUGAGAAAUAUCAUCUUUUGGAUUUUAACUGUAAUACAUUUUCAAAUGAUGUAUGUCAAUUUUUAUGUGGCCAAUCCAUUCCAAACCAUAUCACGGGUCUUCCUGCUGAAUUCUUGAAUACACCUUUUGGAAGAUCCAUGUUGCCUAUGAUCGAAAACAUGUUUGGACAAUCUCGGUUGAAUACCGUACCUUCUUCUGCGUCUUCAUCUGUGCCUGCAGAAGCGGCUUCCUUAUUACAGCAUGUAUCUUCCGCUGCCACUUCUGCCGCACCCACUCAAGUGGAUCCUGUGCAGAUAGCUCAUUCAUCCACCACUGUAGAUCAAUUAAUUUCAACCUAUAAAGCCGUAGUGGUCUUUUUCACUUCAGCAACAUGUCCACCUUGUCGCAUGAUCAAGCCUGAUUUCGAAACCUUGAUUCGAGAUAAAAACACACAUCCCAAUCAACCCAUCAAAAUUUUAGGCGUUGUCAUGGAUACCUCCAUGGCAACAGGUGCUUCAACAUACGGCAUUACGGCCACACCUACAUUUCAGCUCUAUCUGGAGGGUAAAAAGUAUGCUGAGUUCAAAGGUGCCAAUUAUGCAGAACUCAAGAGUCAAGUAGACAUGCUAUUGUUUGAAGCAUAUCCUCCUCAUCCUCAUCGCAAACGGCUGCUUCGAUCCAUUGUGGAUCAUCCCAAUGUACCUAUUUUAUAUGCUCAGCCUGGAAAAUGGGACAUGAUUUAUACCAAACUGAAUGGGUUCUUGGCGACAUUAGACCAGAAUCAAAAAGCCAUUGUAGAGCAAUCAAGACUCUAUUUGGAGAACAAGCAACAGACAUUGGAUAUGCCAUCAUGGACGGUGUUUGUAGACAACCUAGUAGGGACGUUACCUGUAGAACAACUCUUUCCUUUAUUUGAUAUCAUUCGCUCACUCUUAUUGAAUCAAGCUGUAUCUGAUUUUUAUGUGCAUGAUCCCACACCCUUGGUCAAUAUUAUCAACCUUGUUCACAGACAUCCUGCUAAAGCAACAUGGCUCAUGAUCCUUCGCAUAGCCUGUAAUAUCUUUUCCAAUCCUACUCUCUCUACCACCCAUUUCACCUCCAACCUUGCUGCUUCUCAUCGUUCUCAAUUGACACAGUUAGUGAUCACCAGUUUACUAGCUGAAGAUGGACAGAUAAGACAAGCAGCUGCCUCAUUAGCCUACAAUUGUUCUACCGUCAUUGCUACCGAAAGACAAAAGAAAGAAGAGGGCACUUUUGUAGGCAUGGCUGAACAAGAAGACGAUGAUUGGCAAGUCGAACUAUCCAGUGCCAUGGUAGAUGCAUUGACCAAAGAAAUCGAUGAGGAAAUCGUGCAUCGUUUAUUGGCAGCCAUUGCCAAAUGCUUGUUUUUAGCACCUCCACAUACGUCAUCUGUAGCCAACCUCUUGUCUGCACUCGAUAUCAAGAGUAUCAUAGAAGAAAAAAAGACAUCCAAACAAGAGACAUUAUAG